CGCAGGCUGCAGUGGCGGCCGGCAUGGGCGAUGGGGUCGCUGAGCGAGACCUCGGCCCCGCGCGCCGGGCAGAGUCUGGUGGCGGCCGUGGGCGCAACGGGGACCUCGGUGGGGCGGAGGACUUGCGAGCUGAUGGAAGUGGCCGAAGGCCAAGGGAGAUUGCGGGGACCUCGGCUUCCAGCCCCGCCGGCUCCAGAGAGAGCAGCGCCGACAGCGACGGGCAGCCCGGGCCCGGCGAGGCGGACCACUGCCGCCGCAUCCUGGUGCGAGAUGCCAAGGGCACCAUCCGAGAAAUUGUCCUGCCCAAGGGCUUGGACCUGGACCGACCCAAGCGGACCCGCACGUCCUUCACUGCUGAGCAGCUGUACCGCCUGGAGAUGGAGUUCCAGCGCUGCCAGUAUGUGGUGGGCCGAGAGCGCACCGAGCUGGCCCGCCAGCUGAACCUCUCCGAGACGCAGGUGAAGGUCUGGUUCCAGAACCGCCGCACCAAGCAGAAGAAAGACCAGAGCAGAGAUCUGGAGAAGCGGGCAUCCUCUGCCUCUGAGGCCUUUGCCACUUCCAACAUUCUGCGGCUGCUGGAGCAGGGCCGGCUGCUAUCUGUACCCAGGGCGCCCAGCCUCCUGGCGCUGACUCCCGGCCUGCCAGACCCGCCUGCUGGCCACCGGGGCACCUCCUUGGGCGACCCCAGGAACUCCUCUCCGCGACUCAAUCCUCUGCCCUCAGCCUCGGCAUCCCCUCCGCUGCCGCCCCCUCUGCCGACCAUCUGCUUUUCCACGGUCCCACUUCUGGACCUACCUGCCAGCUACGAACUGGGCUCCUCCGCCUUUGAGCCCUACAACCGGCUAGAGAGGAAAGUAGGCAGUCCUGGUGGCGGUGGCAAGAAAGCUAACACGUAAGCCUCCCAGCCCUGCGUGACUCUGAGUCCCCAGCACAGCACUGCCCCAGCCUCCUGGCCCCAGAGGACUGCACUGAGCAGGCCCUUCAGGGAGGGCAGCAGCCGCAGCUCCCCGCACCUGCCCUCAGCUCAGAGACUCGACCGACUGGCCUUGGUCCCGCAGCUUGUGUGUGUGAGUGCAGUGUGUGUGUGCUGCGCAUCUCUCACUGAAAUAAAGGAAAACAAUGACAA